AUGUCUCCAAAAGUUGAUACUCUCAUGCAACUCUCUUCCAAGGCUACCAUUGAUGGUUACUCUCUCUAUGCAUGCCUAUGUUACCUCCCCCAAGCAUACCUAGGGUUAACCUCGGGCGCGCUGGUCUUGUUGGAGCUGGAAUCCACCUUCUCGCGCAACACGCGCCUCUACCUCCCCCUCCCACUCCCCCCCCUGCACGCGCUCCCCGCCCUGCACGAGCUCACCCUCCGCCUCGUCCCCCAGGACGCCUGCCCCCUCUCGCGCUGCUCCUCCCUCACCUCCCCCUCCUCCUCCUCCUCCUCCCCCUCCUCCUCCCUCCCCCUCUCCCUCACCUCCCUCACCAUCCACUCUGCAGACCUUGAUGCGUCCCUGCCUCUCCUCUCCUCCUUCUCAUCCCUCGCCUCGCUCCCUCUCAUCGCCUGCACCUUCAACCCAUACGAGCUGCACACACUCGCGCGCGCGCUGCACACUCUCACGCACCUCACCAUUGACGAUUGCCCGCUCGUCUGCUCCCGCUCGCUCUCCGCCCUUUGUUGCAGGGCUGGCGACCGUGCUGCUGGGCCUGACAGCAGGGAAGCUGCUCGCGCUCUCUCUCUCUCCGGCCUGCCGUCCUUCCGCCCUGGCUUGCUGGCGCGCUGCAGUAGCCCGCGGUCGCUCACUGUGAGGGGCGCCCAGGGGCCGCUGGAGGAGCUGCUUGCCAUGCUCGUGCACGUGCAUGGUGGGGGGGGCGAGGAGGAGGCGGCAGGGGCGGGUGGGGCAGAGGGAGGAAGGGAGGGAAGGGGAGGAGGAGGGGAGGGUGGGGGAAAGAGAGGAGGGAAUGGAGGGGUUGGAGGAAGACGGGAGGAGGAGGAGGAGGAGGAGGAGGAGGAGGAGGAGGAGGAGGAGGAGGAGGAGGAGGAGGAGGAGGAGGAGGAGGAGGAGGAGGAGGAGGAGGAGUGGGCGAGGGUGGCAGCGCAGUCACGCGCAGGGUUGGUGGAGGUGGUGCCGUGGCUGAUGGAGCGGCUGAGAGUGCAGUCAUCCGCCAUGGUGGACGGACUCGAGUCCAUGCUCGCCCCACGUGCUGCUGCUGUCAGUGCUGGGGCUGCUGCUGCUGCCGCCGCCGCCGCCGCCGCCGCCGCCGCCCCCGCCGCCCCCGCCGCCGCGGCCGCCGCCGCCGCCGCCGCCGCCGCCGCUGCUGCUGCUGCUGCUGCUGGUGUUGCUGCUGCUGCUGGUGCUGGUGCUGGUGGUGCUGCUGCUGGUGCUGUGGCUGGUGUGCAAGGGGAGGGGGAGCAGGAGGAAGUAGAGGAGGCCUGGCCGGCAAGCACGGCACGGGUGGCAGCAACGAGCCCUUGUCUGGACUGUCUCGUGUGGGAAAAACUUGACUUCACUGCUGCUCCCACCUCACCCUGCCUGCCCGAUAACCCCCCCUCUACACCUCCUCCCCAUCCCUCACUUCCCAUGCCAGAGCAGCAGCGGCAGUCGUUUGAGAGUGUCGUCCUGGCUUCUGUGUUUGGCAGGCUGAGGUGGUCGGCAGUGGCGCGGUGCGGUGGGGUGGGGGAGGAGCAGCUGAGAGUAGAGCACUGUGAUGCCAACUCCGAUGCCCUGCUUCUAGCAUGCCCAAUCCACUCUCUCACCCAAGCCAUGAUCAUCGCAUGCACCCGUGUCACUGCUGUUGGGGUUGGAGGGCUUCUGGGAAGCUUCCCUAGGCUGCGGCAGGUGAAGGUGGAGGCAGAGAAGGUGUCUGAGAGGACGAGGUGGGAGCUGCAGCGUGCUGGUGUGGUGGUGAGGGGAGUCUGA